AUGGUCAGCUUGCAAAGCAGCAGCGGUCAAGUCCUCGCCAGCUCUACCGUAUCUCUCUCCGGUAGCCAGACUAGAUUCGCACGCCAAAGCGUGGUGUUGACACCAAGCACGUCGGCCAGUGAUACGAAUAACAAGUUUGUUGUUACGGUUGAUGGUGCGGCUGCGAGUGGUCGGACGAUACGUUUCACGCUGUUUUCACUCUUACCUCCGACGUUUAAAAAUCGACCGAAUGGGUUGAGGGAGGAUAUUGCUGAAGCUCUUCAAGAGAUGGGUCCCAAAUUCUUCCGAUUCCCCGGAGGAAACAACAUUGUACGAGGUAUUUUAUUGGUGCUACUCACGAUAAAGACAGCUAAUACGGAAAUAUCUCGAUCACAAAAGGGACAAACUGUCGCUCAGAGAUGGCAAUGGAACAACACAGUCGGACCGCUCGAAAAUCGUCCAGGACGUGCGGGUGAUUGGGGUUAUAUCAACACAGACGGCUUGGGAUUGUUCGAAUAUCUCCAAUGGUGCGAAGAUGUGGGUAUGGAGGCUAUCAUGGCUAUCUGGUCCGGAUUCGCAUUGGGAGGAACGAGCGUAUCACCCAACCAGCUCGGGCCAUUCAUUCAACAGGCUGCUGAUCAGAUCAACUUCGUCAUUGGAGACCCUACUAAGAGUGCACCAGCGGCAGUGCGAUCAAGCCUUGGCCAUCCGGCACCUUUCAAAUUGAACCACGUCGAGGUUGGGAACGAGGAUUUUUUUGCUGCGUCUACCUACCAAGGCCAGUGGAGCGCUAUCGUUCAAGCUCUUCAACCUCAAUUCCCAAAUAUCA